UACGCGGAUGGAGUAAAAUAAUUGACAAUAAACACAUAUCGUAUGCCACCGACAAAGUAAAGGUGGUGUGUUUAUAGCAGCCUUAGCCAUUAUAUUAUCAAUGUCACAGUUAUAUCAGGAGGGCGUCGUGUGAAGUUUGCGGUUGCUGACAGCUGUUUCGACACGCAGAAAUGGAGCAUAUCCGAACGCCAAAGGUGGAGCAGGUGCGGUUGCUGGAUCGCUUCAGCAACAAAUCCACGAAUGGCACACUUUACCUUACUGCAACACAUCUCAUUUUUGUGGAGAGCAGCUCUAACAACUUGACCUCUGCUGCACAGGAGAUCUGGAUUUUACACCAUCAUAUUGCCUCGGUGGAGAAGCUGUCCCUGACCACCACAGGCUGUCCGUUGGUCAUCCAAUGCCGUAACUUCAGAGUGGUUCAUUUUGUUGUUCAGAGAGAAAGAGACUGCCAUGACAUCUACAGCUCACUGCUGCGUCUUCUACGGCCUGUAUCCUAUGAGGAGCUCUAUGCGUUCUCCUACAACCCAAAACAGAAUGACCAACAGAGGGAGGAAGGAUGGCAGCUCAUCGACCUGGGGGCAGAGUUUGAGAGGAUGGGUGUCCCUUGUGACCAAUGGCAGCUUACUGAUGUCAACAGAGACUAUAAGGUUUGUGAGACAUAUCCACGGGACUUGUAUGUUCCCAUCACAGCCAGUAAGCCUAUCAUUGUGGGGAGUUCCAAGUUCAGAAGCAAAGGACGCUUUCCUGUUCUUACAUACUUCUAUCAAGAAAAGAAGGCGGCAGUGUGUCGAUGCAGUCAGCCUCUCUCUGGCUUCAGUGCGCGAUGCUUGGAGGAUGAGAGCAUGCUGCAAGCCAUCAGCAAAGCCAAUCACAACAGUCGAUUUGUCUAUGUCAUGGAUACUAGGCCAAAGUUGAAUGCUUUAGCUAACCGAGCAGCUGGUAAAGGCUAUGAGAAUGAGGACAACUACUCCAACAUCCGCUUCCAGUUUGUAGGCAUUGAAAAUAUCCAUGUCAUGAGGACAAGCCUGCAGAAAUUACUUGAAGUGAUAGGGACUCGGUCUCUUUCCAUGGGUGACUAUCUGGAAGGUUUGGAGAGUAGUGGCUGGCUGCGGCAUAUUAAAGCCAUUGUAGAUGCAGCUAUCUUUCUUGCAAAGGCAGUGACAGUGGAAGGAGCGAGUGUAUUAGUUCAUUGUUCAGACGGAUGGGAUCGAACAGCCCAAGUCUGUUCACUGGGGGCGUUGCUCAUGGACCCUUACUACCGCACCAUCAAGGGCUUCAUGGUGCUGAUAGAGAAGGACUGGAUUUCUUUCGGCCACAAGUUUGCAGACAGGUGUGACCAGUUGGAUGGUGAUCCAAAGGAGGUGUCCCCUAUCUUCACUCAGUUCCUGGAAUGUGUGUGGCAGCUUAGUGAGCAGUUCCCACAGGCAUUUGAGUUCAGCGAGUGGUUCCUGCUGCAGAUCCAUGAACACGUCCACUCCUGUCAGUAUGGAAACUUCCUUGGCAACAAUCAGAGACAGAGAGAGGAACUGCAGCUGAGAGAGCGGACUCACUCACUGUGGGCGUAUCUCCUGAGUGAAAAACAGAACUACCUAAACCCAUUUUACAGCCCUGCUUAUUGUGAAGCACAUCCAGUGCUGGAGCCUUCCACCCUGCCCUACCAUUUCAAGUUCUGGAGAAACAUGUAUCACCAGUUUGAUCGGUCCAUGCACCCACGUCAGUCUAUUUUGAAAACUAUUCUUACUCUGAGAGAGAAUAGUCACAAAGCAGAGAGCACAUUGCAAGCACUGGAGAAUAGGCUUCAUCAGCUUGGCGUGACGCCCCUCACAACCUCUGACCCCCCUGCACAUCCCCCCACCAGAGAUCAGCGCACCAACUCUAACAGCCUCCCACCGCGCCCUGACUCCCUCAUUCUGGGGGCACCUGUCAACCACAAAGAUGUGCAGGGGCAGGAUGAUGAGGACGAGCAGGAUGAGGUUGGCGAGGAGGCCGUGGAGAGCACGGACAUGGAGCGGACAGUAGAGGGCAGCAGCGGCACCGAGAGCAGGAAGCAGAGCUAUGGAGAGCUGGAAGGGACAUACAACAACGAGCUGGCCAAAGAAGAGCCAGCUGUUGUCAGUCUGGAGUUUGGAGUGGCACGCAUGACCUGCUGAGACCAAACAGGGGGAUUGUGGGAUUGGGAGGGAGAAGGUGCGACUGAAUGCAAAGGUUUACUGAAUGUGUGUGUGUUAAGGGAGAAGUUGGUAUUCUGUAUGUGGCUAUAUGCUGAUUACGCAAUGGCCCUAAAUGGGCAGAGUGGGUGAAGUGUCUGUGUAGUGUAAAUCUCUAUGGAAAGCCUCAUUAUGUCAUAUACUGCACCUGUAGGAAAAAGCUUGUUUUUUUUAUGAAUGUUAAAGAGCACUAUUGAGAAUUAAUGAAUAGAAUAAGAGAAUAAAUUCAACUGGAUAAAGGUCUAUAAGGUGUUUUAAUUAAAUUCUCUUCCUUUAUGGGCUGGGAUUUUGUAUGUUGCAUGUAUUCAUGUAUCCAUGGACAGAAUUAAACAAAUUUUCUGUAUGGUC